UUUUCUAUUGGAACUUUUAUGAACUAGGUGCUCUGCUUAUUGACAUUAUUUGGAACAUAACUUAAUCCGUUUGACCCAACCAAAAACACGAAUCACAAUGAAUUUACUUAUUUCAUUUUUCUUUGUCACCAUUGUGAAGAUUCAAGGGGCAGAUUGGUGCUACCAGUCCCAGGUUACAUGCGGUGGCAACUGCACAGGACCUGAUGGUUGGGCAACGGUUGCUGGGACAUGUGACGGAAGAGCCCAGUCUCCAAUUAACAUUGUGACGAGAAGAACCCUACCAGACGGACGCCUUACACCAUUCACAUUCACUGGGUACCAAGAGGCCUUCCACGGAUUCAUCACAAACAAUGGUCACACUGUUCAAGUGGACCUGCCUGCCACAGCGAAGGUUCAGGGUGGAGAUUUGGCGGUGCCAUACAAGGCCGUACAGCUCCACCUGCACUGGGGCAAGGAUGGAGGCCCUGGAUCAGAGCACACUAUUGAUGGAGAAAGAUAUCCCAUGGAGCUGCAUAUUGUUAAUAUAAAAGAGGAAUACAACUCUUUGGCUGAAGCUCUGAAAGACACUGCAGGGGUUGGAGUUCUUGGAUUCUUUUAUGAGGAAUCAAGAAGCUCCAACAAAAAAUAUGACGCAAUUGUAAAUGCUCUGAACACUAUCAAACAUCCCAGCUCAAACACUACCCUUAGUGAAGUGUCCCUGGACAUGCUCAUCCCCUCUCGGAGUAAUAUGAUCAGCUACUUCCGCUACAAUGGCUCUCUCACCACACCCGCCUGUGUAGAAUCUGUCGUCUGGACAAUGUUCGAAAAUACCAUUCCUCUCAGCAGGCAACAGCUUGCUGCAUUUUCUCAGCUUCAGUUUGCUGAUGGAAAGCCUAUGGUGGGAACCUAUCGCCCAGUCCAGCUAUUGAAUGGUCGCCAGGUGUAUCGCUCUGGAAGUCAAGUUGUCUUAGUCAGCUCUCUGCUACUCAUCACCUCUGUGAUAUCAGCCUUUGGACUCCCACUGCCCAACUAAAUACCAGGAUCUUUGGAUUUGGGUAUCAGUGAAUUAGAGAGUGCCUGAUAUUGCCAAAAUCUCAAAUGCUUAUAUUUCGCUUUGCUAUGCAGAUGUUCUCUUUCAAGUUUACUUUACUUGCCAAAUUAUAGUUGAUACAGUUUAUUCAAGGGGGUUUUGUGUUUAAGGACACAGCAUAAAUAAUGCACCAAGACAUUUAAUAUUUUUAUUGUUAUGUAUAAAAUAAUACUUGAGAGGGCCUUGAUCCAAGCAUUGUUUUGACCCUCUUAUUACCUUCUUCAUAUCAUUAUUGUUAAUAUUUAGUUAACCUCGUAAACUUCCUAUUGUUAUUGAACGGUCAAUGUCAUUAUGUGACCUGUGCUUUCCACAGAACCAGCAACACAACUGGUGAGAAUCAGUAUCAAAGCACUGGAACUCUGAUCUAUAUUGUCCGGUUACAAACCACAUCCAUGUAUUUUUUAUAUAAAUAAAAUCAAAUUGUAUUGGUCACAUA